AUGGUCACCAAAUCCCAACUCGCUGCGGCCUUUACCCGAGCGAGCGCCUUUAUCAGCUCCGGUGUCUGUUGCACCAUCGCCGGUAGCUUCGUCCGGCAGCUCGACAUACGCGACAUGGACCAUGGCGGCCGUAUCGACUAUGUCCUAGCCCUCUCGUGUAUCAGCAUCGUAGCCUCCCUCGUCCUCAUGCCUCCCAAGCGCUACUCCUUUUGGCUUUCCCGUUUGACGCCAUAA